GGCCAUGAUAAAUCGGCUCUUCCACACUUCAAGUUCUGUAUCGCCGGGCCCGAGUUCAUCAUGCAACCGGAAUCUCUCUCCUUUAGCUCGACGAAUGGGACUUUAAGAACGUGCGGAGAAUAAAUCCGCCGCUGCACAGAUGGCGCAUGCUUGUCUUUGUCCAUCGCAUCGCAUUGCAGGCUCAAAUGGAACGACCAACUCGCUAAAUGUCCCUUGCAUCCGCAGAACGAGCCAUUCGUUACCUUACUGUCGAUGUUAAUCUGGCUGCGAGACGGAUUCAAGAGACUGUGUCCAUGCUGUUGCGGUUUUCUUCUGGCUGUCGAGUUGAAGUGGCUCUUGCGGCCUCAAGCUCACGCUGGCAACCCGAGAGCACCAUCCUGGACUUUGACGCCAGGGUAUGGCAGCAGGUUUUGAGUGGUUUUCAGCGGUGUUGAAUCCUUGACCAGUCCGUCAAUGAUGGUCAGAACAACCCACGGUAAGCAACGUUGACCAGCUAGUUCUUGUCUGUUGGACCCAUAAAGAGGCCAACGCCCCAAAUUAGCCUGGCGAGUAGACUGUUGUGGAAGUAUAUCUCCUUCGCGACUAUGCUAGCCUGGCGUGGCAGUUGGCCAAGUGGAGCAGCAAAACCUCUGGUGAGCAGCAGAUCUGAUUACUUACCAUAUCUCAUCACUACUUGCCCUCCGAAAACAGCGUUUACCGUGUCAUUCUUCCGGUGCAAGAGUGUAUCAAGUGUCCACAGCAAAACCUCAAACCGAGGCCGGGUAUUAUUGCCCUGGGCCUGUUCUUCGUGGUUUCCCCGGCAGAGCACACCAGCACAACUUGAACCCGCAAGGCAAAAACGGCUCUUGCUUCAAGUGUCUCUGUUCGUCCCAAUCUCAACUCGAACCGCCACUUGAUCUAUGCCCGGAAGUUUUUUCCAUCCCCCGGAACAACAUCUCAGCCGGGUUCUGGCGGCUAUAUCUCCCGUUACGUGCUGCAUGAGGACCAACAUCGCUCGAUUUAAGUUUUCGCAGAGCAAGCAGAGUGUUACAAAGCCAUACUACUGUGCUAGAGCUUUCCCUGCGACCAUGGCCAUACCUUGUGGUUGGAAUGUCAAAGCAGCGUGAACUUCGAAAGCAAGCUACCUGCGGCUGCUCUCCCACUCUGGCCUGCCACGCCUGUCCCAAGUCGAUGCACGACCUGUUUCUUCCGUUCAGUCAUGUCUCAGAACACCCCGAGGCCGCUGGCACCCGCCGUCCCUCAUGCUCCAGCCCAGAUAUCUCCGAAGCCGACCCCACCGGCCUUGGUCAGUACAAGACAACGGCGCAACAUUACGACAGCCUGCAAAGCGUGUAGAAAGCGUCGAUCCAAGGUAUGUCUUUGUGUAGCGCAGGCAUAUCUGGAGCAAACAUCGCAGUGCGAUGACAAUACCCCUUGCUCUGCUUGUGUCCUCAAGCAGACCGAAUGUGUUCGAGAUCAGGGAGAAGACGGCCGGAGGAAGAUAGCAUGGAAGCGGAAGGUAGAAGAGUUGGAGUCUGGUCAUCACCUUACACCUCAGCUCUUGGAGGCCAUCCGCAAUGGCGAUAUGUCCGAGGUGGACAAACUCAUCGCAUUAAUCCGAAGCAAAGCAACGCAAGAAGAGAUUGUCGACUUCAUUGCUACAAAUUUUUCGCGGGAAACUUCCGGCGGAGAGGAGUCGGAGACGCGAAGUAGGACUUCUUCUACGCGGCAACGGUCACGAUCCGUGCAUCGCCCUCAUCGAUCGAUUGUCCCUCGCGAUUUUGACAGCCCACUCAUUUCGGUACCGGCCAUACCCUGGACAACUGUAACCGACGACGAUCAGUUGGUAUCCGACCUCAUCUCAUUAUGGUUUACGUGGCGCCACUGGUGCUACCCGUUCGUCGACCGCGAGAGGUUGAUCGCAGCCAUGCAGUCCAAGAUAUCCGACGACACGAUAUGUACCCCUUACUUGGUCAAUAUGAUACUCUCAGACGCAUGUUUUGACUACGACUAUCCAGUGGAAAUGAACAGCAAAUCGUCCGAGAAACCUUUACGAGACCUGUUUUAUACCGAAGCCCGGCGGUUAGCUGAAGCAGCUGGGACCCAUAGGUCCGUCCCGUCCAUACAAUAUCGGCUUCUCAAAUGGGCGUACUUGGACAAUUUGGGGAUGGAAACGAUGUCCUUAUCUGUCAUGCAUGACGCCUUGCAUCAUCUACAACAGCUGGACAAGCCUGGCCGCUUGGCGAAGUUUCAGGCACGGGCGGGCAAAGACAAAGCUCUGGAGGUUGAACGAAGUGUAGUCUCCACCAGUUGGACCACCUUUAUAGUGGCCAUGCGGACGACAUUCUCCAGGCGUAGCCUGCCACUGAUGCCGCCCCCGUUGCGUGACAAUCCGCCCCCCUGCAAGGGCCAGUCACGUGAACGAUGGGUGGCAUAUCCUCGCCAGCAUUCAUAUUCGCCUGCGCAUUCAGAGUGCCACCUGCAUUACCUGGGCAAAUUGGCCGAGAUCUUCUACAAGAUCAGCCGAAAUGUCUUUUUCCCGAAGGAGAAGCCUGCCCCGGCCGUGUCUCGUGAUCUUCUCGAAGAUUUGCAUCGUGAGUUGGUGUAUUGGCAUGACAAUCUAAUGGACUGCCUUCAGGUUGAUGGGACGAGAUCACCUCAUAUUUAUAGCCUACACGCGCAGUACCAUUGGGCCGUUGUUGUGUUGUCCGAGCUGAACUUCACGCUCCCUAUCGAUGACGAAGAUGAGUCGACGUUGGCAAUGCUCACACCAGUGAUCCGAAUGCAGCAUAUGACGGCGAUUCUGGAGAUUGCAGGACUUGUCCAUCGCAAUUGCAUGGAUUGGGGGGUGGAUCAUAUCCCCAUCAGCUUCUUGCACCCUAUCCACGCCGCCAUCGUGGCCAUCAUGAACGAUCUAGACCCUGCCGAACAUCGGUCCGCCUUUACGAAGUUGGCUGUCGCCUUUCACUGUCUGUCCCGUCGAUCCACUCUGGCUGAGGGCAUGCUUCGCAUUCUACAGCUUGAUCUGCGCCGCCGCAGGCUCAUGGCGUCCAACGAUAUCAAAAACAUGUUUAAGGAAGCCAAUGAUCUCUGGGAAGCCAGCGCUUUUACUCCUCCUAGGAGAAGUGCUGGUGGUGGUGGUGGUGGUGGUGGUGGUGGUGGUGUUGAUGUUCUUUCAGGGCGGGCAAUUGAUGGUACCAGUGGUACAGAACGCAUUCAUGUGAACACUGGGCAACGGCAACAAUUUGGUUCUGGUCACGGUUCUGGUGCUGCCGCCGAUGAUUCUUACGACUUAUUGAUCGAAAAGUGGAACCACUUCAACCUUGGGACGGUGGCGACUUCGUCGUCAUCGUCUUCAUCUUCACCACCAUUAUGAUUCAUGAAUGCUAAUGACAAGCUGAAGGCCUUGAGCGUGGGCAGCAGGGGGCACAAAGCAAGCGUUGAAGGAAGAUACAAAAAGGAAAGGUACAGUAGACCUAGACGAGGUGAGACGAGGCGAGGCGAUGUGUGGCUAUAUAUAUAUAUGGCUUGGAACGUAAGCAUCAUGAUUUCAAACAUGAGACAUGCCGUGACGAAAUCUAAGAUAAUGGACUGGGUUGGAUUGGAUUGAUUGUUAUUGCUUUCUUAGGUUUGAGUUUGACUGCUGUGAUGAUCUGCUGGGAUGGAUUUUCACAGGCAGAUAGAAGGGCUUGUUACCAAAAGUGGUACUAGUACUGUACGGCAGUGUGCUGUACUGAACUGUAGCCAAACUAUUUUGCAGAUGGUUUGGUUUCACAGAUUCAAUUUUCAGUUUCAUGUGCAUUUUCAAUUUCCAUGAUCAUGGUAUGUUAGUGUAAGGUAAACAAAUAGGUAUCUUAUCAUUGAUCUAUCUAUGAGAUGUAUAAAGGAGAUGAUAUGAGGGCUGAUGCGUCACGAUCAAUCAACCCACCCACCCUUGCCGCCCGCUUCUCCUCUCUUUGUU